AUGACAGACGAGCUUGUAACAAUGGUGGAAAAAUUUGGUAGUCUCAGUGAAUACUACAUACGAUUAAAUCGAUGGAUUUUGAAGCCAAUAGGCGCCUGGCCUACCUCAUCUUCCGCUACAAGGAAAGAAAAGAUUGUGACGCAAAUUGUAAUUAUUAUCUGUUGGUGUAUUUUGUUGUUCACAAUGAUCUCUGGCUUACUUCACAUGAUCCUCGAAAAAGAAGAUAUAUACAUAAAAUUAAAAGCGAUUGGUCCAGUAAUAUUCUGGUGUACCGGGACUUUCAAUUACGUUAUAUUAUUGCUACAUAAAGACGACAUAUGCUUUUGCAUAGAGCAUGUACGAGCUGACUGGAAAAUCAUAACGAGAGUGAAGGAUCAACGGGUCAUGUUCAAAGCAGCGAAACUUGGUCGCUAUAUUGCCAGUAUUUGCGCGGAAUUUACAUUCGGUGCCAUUCUUGGUUUCUGUAUUAUAUCAGGUACCUUCAAACAGACCAUGAAAGUGAGAAAUGAGACUAUAAUCACAUAUUCUCUACCUUGUCCAGUUUAUAAACUCCCAAUUCAUACCAAUCCAACGCACAGUAUAAUCUUUACCACCCAGUUUCUAUCAGCGAUUAUUCUAUCUGCAAACGCAUCUGGUUUCUUUACUUUGGUUGCCACUUUAACAAGCCAUGCUUUUGGCCAAUUAAACGUGAUGAUGACGUGGAUCAGCGAAUUCGUAAAUCAGACUUCAAAUCAUAAUAAAAAUACCAAUAUUAAUGUAAUAGGUGUAAUCGUUGAACAUCAUUCGCGAAUUUUAAGUCUUAUAUCACGCAUUGAACGUAUGAUGAAUCAAAUCUACCUUCUGGAAAUGUUUAAAUCUAUGCUGGGUAUGUGCUUACCUUGCUAUUUGAUCCUUGCGGAAUGGUCGGAACAUAAUAUUCCGAAUACAGUGAAAUAUACCAUAAUAUUUAUAUCUAUGACAUUCAACAUCUUUUUGCUAUGUUACACUGGUGAAAUACUAACUAAACAGUGUAAGAAAGUUGGUGACGUGAUUUAUAUGACAAAUUGGUAUCAGUUGCCGGAUAAAGAUAUCCUUAAUCUGAUGAUGAUCAUUUUACGCUCUGGCACGGAAGUUAAACUGACUUCUGGGAAAUUGAUAACCAUGUCUGUGCUCACUUUCGGUAAUGUACUAAAAACAGUUUUUGCAUACUUAAAUAUGUUACGUCAAGUAAUUUGUUUCAUUAGCCCCAGUGAAUACAGGAUACAGUUGGACCGAUGGAUAUUAAAACCAAUUGCUGCAUGGCCAGCUUUAUCUUCCAGUAUGACAAUCAGAAGAAUGGCAUAUGAAUAUGAAUAUGAAGAAAUAUGA